AACAACUUUCUUCUUCCCUAAAACUCUAUCAGCUAUGGCAACAUCCGAAAGCACAGUUAAAAUAUAUGAGAUCACUCGAGUCACCCCUUCACCCGAUUCACCAAACUCAGCCAACGAGUUCAGCCUCCCAGUCACUUUCUUCGAUACGUAUUGGUUCAAGUUCCCUCCCGUUCAAAGCCUAUACUUGUACCAACUCAGUGAGUCCCAUUCCACACUUUCCUAUUUCAACUCAGAAAUCCUCCCCCGACUGAAGCAAUCUCUUUCUUUCGCACUUUCUCACUACCUUCCGAUAGCCGGCUACCUGAAAUGGCCAUCGAACGCCUCCAAACCCGUCGUGUCAUACACUCCCAACGACAGUGUUAGUCUCACGGUUGCUGUAUCAAACGUAGCCAACUUUGAUACCUUAAUCAGCAAUGAAAUGCAUAAGGCAAAUGAGUUGCAUCCUUUGGCACCUCAGUUGAUUUUGUCCGACGAUAAAGCGGAAAUACUCGCUUUGCAAAUAACACUAUUCCCGGGUCGAGGAUUUUGCAUCGGCACAGCGGCGCACCAUGCGGUUUUCGACGGAAAAAUCGCGAGCAUGUUUAUGAGGUCAUGGGCUUAUCUAUGCAAAUAUGAUAAUACUAAUAACGAAUUGCCACCCGAUCUAACCCCAUCAUUCGAUAGGAGUAUCAUCAAAGAUCCAUCGGGACUGGACACACUUUUCUUGAAUCAAUGGCGAGAUAUUUUCGCUGAGUAUCAAGUGUCCAAUACGAGAAGUUUCAGAAUCCCGGACGAGUUCGAUCCGAUCUCCGACGACGUUGUCCGAGCCACGUUCAAGUUUAGUAACAAAGACAUCAAUGGACUCAGAAAGAAGGCCACCAAUGGGGAAAUGAAACAACAACUUUACCUCUCGAGUUUCGUCCUCACGCUUGCUUACACAACAACCUGUCUAGUUAAAACAAAAGGAGAAGGCCAAAGAGACGUCGUCAUCGACUUCGGAGUCGAUUGCAGGGCUCGUCUGGACCCUCCGGCUCCGCCGACGUACUUCGGUAACUGCGUCGUGAAUUAUUCGAACUCUGCGGAAGCAGGGAAGUUCAUGGGAGAAGAGGGUUUCGCCUUUGCUAUAGAUAUGGUGAGUGAAUUGGUGCAGAAGGUGAAAAGGGGUGUUCUUGAAGGUGCUGAAAUGAAGGUUACGAAUUUUUACGCUCCAAAAUUACCUGGUACGCAGUUAAUCAUCGUUGCUGGAUCACCCAAAUUGAAUGUCUACGAGGCGGAUUUCGGACUGAAUAGUACGAUCAAGAAGGUGGAGAUUGUGUCCAUUGAGAGGGAUGAAGCUGUUUUCAUGGCGGAGAGUAAAGGUGGAAAUGGAGGAGUUGAGGUUGGUUUGGCAUUGAAGAAGCAUGAAAUGGAGAAAUUUGCUGCUUUGUUUUCUGUUGGAUUAACAAGCCUCCAUUAACGUUUGAUAUCAUUG